AUGCCCUGCUUCGGUUCUCGCAAAAGCUCAAACCGCCCCGACACGGAGCCCCUUCUCGCCCAAUAUGAUGAGAACACUGCACUCCAAAGAAAAGCCCAUGGAAAGCUGCACACAUACCAGAUGCUACGUGCUCUCUCAAAGGGCUAUUUCCCUUCAACAGAGCAGACCAUAGUCCAGCUUCGAACGCUCCUUUCCGCAGAUAUCUUGAACCCUACCAAUACCCAGUUGACAGCUGAUGGCCGGAAGUUUGUGCGUCACGUCAGGAAAUUUAUCACGGAGUUCAUUGAGCUACUACAGGAGAAAAAUGGACAAGAUCAGUUGCAAGAGUUUUUGUGGUGUGCUGGGAAGGCCAGAGUUGGAUUAGAUGCCCAAGACUUGGUGCAAGCAGCCACAAAUUCGAAGGCCAGGGCGGACGCAAGAGCUGCAUACGACUCACUUCAAACCGUCUUCGAUCUCUUACUGGCAAACGGCGACUUUCGAAAGCUAUUCUCAGAUGUAACUACGCUCAUCCGUCAGGUCCUUGCCGACACCGCUACAGCAUCCGCAACCGCUGCGCAAACAGUCGCCGAAACGAUAUCACCCGACAAAAACGAACUCGCGGCGAUUACAUCAAAAGACACUGUUUUCGCGUCUGAUAUCCCUAGAGAGGAUGUUGUGGAAGUGCCGGCGCGGGAGGUUGCGGACGCAGUGGUGAUGGGAGUAGCUGAGACUGUUGGAGAAACAAUAGACAGCGCAAGGAGAGAGUUUGGCCAGGACGACAGAAAGGAUGCCUUAUUUGGCCGGAUGCGAAUGGCUGUCCUCCGGCUGAGGAGAAACACAGACUAUACAGAAUCUGUUUCGAUUCUAUCCCUUCUUCUCAAGCGUUACGCGUACACAUACUCCCGAGCUCUAGACAACACAGCCGCCGCUUUGGGAGAAGACCUACAACCGAAUCCAGAGCUGGACAGAGCCCUCAUAUGUUUUACAAACGGUGGGAUAGAAUUUCGUCUCAUCUGCAGAAGAUAA